GGUUUAAUUAAAGCUUUAACAAUACCUCAUGUAGUUUACAGUUUACACAUAACAUUGACAUUGACAGUGUCGCCUCCACUUUACUAAAACAAAGACACACACAAACCAGGGACAUGGCGAGGAGAUUCAAACAUACAAACACUCGAGUCCUAACGUCCAAUGGAGGUUACAGAUGCUGUACGGUCCCCAAUUUCAGACUCUACUUCGUCUCCUUCAUACUGAUAAUUUUCAUGGGACCCGUCUUGUAUGCGGUACCAUAUCUGUCAAUGAGCUUCCGGAAAAAGGAAAUGACGUCACCGGAAGUGUUCAUAGACGUCAGACCAUCAUAUGAUUGGAAGAACAAAUCCACCUAUGAUAACACAGUAAAUUGGAAAAGCAUUCACUACUAUAAUCCGCCCGGCUGGCUUAAAACUGAUUUGUUCAACAGUUGCGAUCACCCCUGUUAUCUCACCACCGGUAAACAUAUAUCCCAGCUUGAUAAAGACACCGCCAUCAUAUUCCACGCGCCUGAUAUAAUGACAUUUCCACAAGAAAAACCACUUGGCCAAAUAUGGAUAUUUCACUCAAUGGAAUCUCCUAAAAAUCAUCAUAAUGUAUGGGCAUCAUGGGAAUACCUUUUCAAUUGGACACUGGGAUAUCGAAGAGAUGCAGAUAUUUUUAGUCCAUAUUCAAUGUUUGUUACAAAAAAGAGAAACAGUUCACUAUUUGAUAUGAAAAGAAAACAGCAGACGACAGCUUAUGAUAUUACAUCCAAAGCAUGGAAGGCUAAAUUAAAUGAUGCUGUUUGGUUUGUGUCAAAAUGCAAGACAUCCUCCAUGCGGCAACAAUAUGGAUUACGCCUUGGUCGAUACAUUGAUAUAGAUACUUUUGGAGAAUGUGGUAAAUUUUUAUGUUGGAGACGUUUAAAAAGCCUUUGUGAAAAAUUUAUGAAGAAAUGGUAUAAAUUUUAUCUGAGUUUUGAGAAUUCCUUAUGUAAAGAUUAUAUCACGGAAAAAAGCUUCAAUCUUUACUCACAUAAUACUGAUUUAAUACCUGUUACCCGAAGUGGAGCCAACGUCUCUUUGUAUCUCCCAACCGGAAGUUACGUCACGACCAGCAAUUUUGUGUCUAUACAGUCCCUGGGUUCACAUUUAAAUACAAUAUCAAGCGACUACGACCUUUUUAGUAAUUACUUCAAGUGGAAACGCUUCUACACGAGUAAGGAUAUGAUAGACUCUGAGGAUGCCUUCUGUGAACUUUGUCGGCGACUCCAUGUAGCGGAUCAUAGCACGAAAUAUCACAGGCUCUAUGGGAGUAUCCACGCAUGGCUGGUCGGGAGUGUGAAUUCUCCCAUGUGUACCGAUACUGUCACAGAUAUAUUCAAUAUAACUAGCCAUGCGUGAAAGUCUUAUGAA